AUGGCGGCCUCACGGCGGCUCCGCGACCUCCAAUCGCAGCCCGGCAACAAGAUCUGCGUCGACUGCCCCCAGAAGAACCCCCAGUGGGCAUCCGUCUCCUACGGCGUCUUCAUGUGCCUCGAGUGCUCCGGCAAGCACCGCGGCCUCGGCGUCCACAUAUCCUUCGUCCGAUCCGUCACCAUGGACUCGUGGUCCGAGAUCCAGCUGAAGAAGAUGGAGCUCGGGGGCAACGAGCGGUUCAACGCUUUCGUUUCUCGGUACGGCGUCCCCAAGGAGACCGACAUCGCCGUGAAGUACAACACGAAGGCGGCCGCCGUCUAUCGGGACCGCGUCCAGGCGCUCGCCGAGGGUAGGCCGUGGCACGAUCCGCCGGUGGUGAAGGAGGUCUUGAGUUCGGGUAAUAGCUACAGUAGUAAGCCGCCGUUGGGCGGCGGCGGGGGGAGCAGAAACGGUGGUUCCGGCGGUGGUGGGGGCGGUUGGGAUAGUUGGGAUAGUUAUGAUGAUGGAGGUUUUAGUGGAAAUGGUAGCAAUAAUAUUAGGAGGAAUAAUACCGUGGGUGAUUUUAGGAGUUCCGGUAGUGGGGGGAGUGCACCAUCACGGUCGAAAUCGACUGAGGAUAUAUAUUCGAGGGCACAGCUGGAGGCUUCAGCCGCGAAUAAGGAAGGUUUUUUUGCUAGGAAAAUGGCUGAGAAUGAGUCCAGGCCGGAUAAUAUUCCUCCUUCGCAAGGGGGAAAGUAUGUUGGGUUCGGAUCGAGUCCGCCGCCAAUGCCGAGGAAGAAUUCCGAGGGGGAUGUUCUUUCAGUUGUUACGCAGGGAUUUGGCAUGUUAUCCAUGGCUGCUGCAUCGGCUGCUAGUGUUGUUCAAGCCGGAACUAAGGAUCUUACUUCCAAGGUUGUCAAAGAAGGGGGAUAUGAUCACAAGGUCAACGAAACUGUUAGCGUUGUUACUGCAAAGACAUCAGAGAUUGGACAAAAGACAUGGGGGCUUAUGAAAGGUGUGAUGGCUUUGGCCUCCCAGAAAGUCGAAGCAUACGCCAAGGAAGGCUCAGGUUCAGGCUGGCAGCGGAAUGAGAGUGAUAAUAGUGGUUAUUAUCAGGAGUUUGGACAGGAGUCCAAAGGAUGGAAUUCUUCUACUGGGACACAAAGUUCAUCAAGCCAACAAUUUACUUCUGGAGGAAAAACCUCAUCAAGCCAAAAGUCUAACUCUGUUAGCUCUGGUUCUUGGGAUGAUUGGGAUUCGUAUACCAAAGACAACAGGAAAGAAGAGUCGGGGAAGGUGACAGCAUCCCAUAAUGGAGAUGGAUGGGCAGGUUGGGAUGAUGAUAAAGACGAUGGAUUUGAUAGUUUUUAUCAAAGUGCACCUGAUAAGAAGUCAGCGGGUUAUAAUGGAAAACCGGAUGCAAAGUGGUCUGAAGGUGGGUUUGUUUGA